UGCAUCCGCUAUCCUCGUAGUCUUAUCCAGUUCUCUGGCGAUGGCGAUGGCGAUGGAGACGGCGACGGGUUUCUCUGGCGACGGCGACGGCGACGGGUUGAGGGCUACGGGGACGCCGCGGCGAGGAGGGGCAGGUGCUGCGGAGACGGCGCGGCGAGGUGGGGCAGUGGCGGUUGUGCGGCGAGGCGGGGCAGGUGCUGCGGAGACGUCGCGCGGCGAGGCGGGGCAGUGGCGUCGCGGGCGAGGAUGGAGGACGCCGGAGCAGAGGACGACAGCUCCCGCCGUCGCUUCUGUCCGCGCACGCCCGCGUGCUCGCCUCCGUCCGCGCCUGCGCCGGAGCGCUGCUUUCUGCGCGCGCCCGCGUGCUCGCCUCCGUCCGCGCCCUUCAGCUCGCCUCUGCCCGCCACGCCCUUCAGCUCGCCUCCGUCCGCGUCCUGCCGCGUCCCAACCGCGCCGGGAGACCGCCUCUGCCUGCCGCGCUUGCCUUUGCUCAUGCCCUGCCGGACGGAAAGAGAAGGGAGAGGUGAGGUGCGGCGGUGUCCUGCUGCUGCUCGCUGGUGGCAUUCCGGCCAUAGGCGCGAGGUGGGGGCUCUGUCCGGCGGUUUCCCAGGACAUCUACUACCGGAAGGCCAAGGAGGAGGGGUGGAGGGCUCGCAACGCCUUCAAGCUCAUGCAGAUCGACCAGGAGUUCAACAUCUUCCACGGAGUGAAGCGUGCCGUUGACCUGUGCGCUGCUCCUGGGAGCUGGAGCCAGGUAUUCACAUGCUCGGUUCCCCCCAUCCAUGCUUGCAUCCCUUUGAUCAAUUGCUUAUCUCAAUCGCAAUUGCAGAUUUUGAGCCGCAAUUUCUUUGUAUCUACCGGCAAAGCUAUCAUCUAACGUAGCAGCGUCAGUGCAAACAUCUUAUGUUCUAACAUAAUUUCAUUCUUUAUAUCUGAUUGUUUCUGUGCUCUGCUUAUACCAGACAUGGUGGCCGGAAUUGAUCUGCAACCGAUGGCUCCAAUAGAAGGUGUUAUACAAGUGCAGGGCGACAUCACCAAUGCUCGGGCAGGGGAAGUGGUGAGAUGGAUAGAUCAACGCAUAGACCAAUGCUCGGGCAGGGCGACAUCACCAAUACUUUUGCUUGUAUUGCUGUAACAGAUGUACAUAUGCUGCCAGGUUAUCAGGGACUUUGAUGGAUGUAAAGCAGACUUGGUUGUGUGUGAUGCCGCCCCUGAUGGUAAGCUUGCAUUGCUAGACAAGGGGUCCAUAACCAUCUUACAUGUGUUUAUGGUACUUCUGUUUCUUACUUUGCUUUGGAUGAUUGAAGUUACUGGACUUCAUGAUAUGGACGAGUUUGUUCAAUCUUCAGUCCUAGCUUAUAUUGGCAGUUGGUAUAAUUUUCUCUGCCUCUGCAUAUCAAUUUAGAUCAGAUAUACUUUCUGGAAGUAAUUUGCAGUAUCCAUAAGAUGCGGUGUCCAAAAAUAAUGCUACCUUAACCCUGAAGUUUAUGUUUAGCAUUCUGCCUUAAAAUGUUCACUUUCGGUGCAAUAGCUUCUUUGUAUUUUUUAUAUUGAACAUUGGACCAUUUUUACUCAACCUUUGGAUAAUUCGUUGCUGAUUAUGUUGUAGAACAACCUGGUGUAACUAUGGUUUCACUAACUUGUUAUAUUUUCCACUAUUAUCCUUCCUGCUUCCAUCUACCUUGCUGCCCCAUCUCCCCUCUACCAAAUCCCAACCUCAUGGUGGAUUCAUCUACAUGUAGUUAAUAUCCUAGCGCUGAACUACCCAGCUGCACAUGACUUGUUAUGGACCAUUUGUUAUUCUUCAGGAAUCCAUACCUCCGGCAGUUCUCCUGGAGACCAUCCACCCGAAGUUCAUCUCUCUACCAUUCGCUUUGUUCAGUACUUUUAAAUACUCUUAUCAUGUUCUUUUCAGCGGUUAGAGCCCACAACUAAGAUAUGUUUGCUUCGCACUAAUGUUUGUAAUCCGCCUAUAUGGUUCCUUAUUUUAUCAUGUCCACGUUUAUAAUUCUCUGGUGCAGUAGAGCUGACCGAUAUUAGAUGUUAACCUUUUUUUGAGCCAAACCUUCCAGUAUUGUACUAAUUAUAUGUGCUCUUUGGUGCAGCGCUCACUGAACACAUUGAUAUGUAAGUCAAUUCUAACAAAUAACUCUUUGCUUUUUCGUGGUGGCGCAAAUACAUCAGAUUUAUCAUCACCUAGAACCGAACAUUGGAUUCUUUUUGCCUUCAUGUCAACACUACCGCAAAUGACGAUGAUACUGCAUAGUUAUCCAGUUAGUUUUGUGAGAACUAAUAUGAUAACUACUGGAACUAAUAGGAUAAACUAUAGUAGUACUGUUGCAUUGGAAUACAUGAUUCUCUGGUUGGUACUAGGCAUGAUGCUUGCAUUCAAUAUCUAGAAUCCUGCACCACAAACCAUAUGUUUGUGAUCCCUAUAUAUGGUGUUCCAGUGGUGAAACCUGGAGCAUAUACUAUAUGCACAUAUAUUUUUGUUAUACAUCAGGCAUACAUUGGAUGGACGAGUCGUACAAAUAAGAGUCAAUCUGAUUAUGGUUUAGUUACAUAUACUUUUUUGUUUUCUUUUGGUGUGUAGUCAUCUCUUAUAGUGAUCACAAAUUAGUACAUAUAAAUUCAAUUUUAUGAUCACGGUUAAAAUGAACAAGGUUCCUGCUCUAUGGUAUUUAUGGUUUGUGAUAUGUAACAGUGAGCUGCACUAUUUUUUUCCAUCCUGUUAGCAAAGCAUCAUUUUUGUUUUCGAGAAGAUUUGAUGAUAGUGCAACUUAUAAACUUACUCCAGAAUGGACCGAUGUUAAUAAUUCUUUUGUUAGAUAUUGGUCAAUAGAUUUCAUGAUUUGACUCCCUUGAUAUUUUAAGUUGCUUCAGUUUGGGUUGCACACAGUACAAGCUUCACUGUAUAUUCAGAUGUACAGGAUGGGAGACGUGCAUAUCAUGCUGGUUUUCUACUCUACAAUUUUGCGCAGCCAUGGUGUCAAUUUUGAACUGGCAUUAGACUGGACUGUAAGAUGUUUUAAUGCAUGUGAACAUGGCCUAAUUUAUUAAUAAAGAGAACUAUAUAUGGUACUACUGUAUGUGAAAUGCAUAUGUUUGCUGGAUAAUUGUUAUUAUUUUUAAAGACAGUUCUAUUGGCCUUGCUGGACAAGGAAAUUUCCCCCUUUA